AACUCAGACGUUACAGGGUAAAGAAGAGAAGACAGAAAGAACUAAACAAGAGCCAUUCACGGACCAUUCAAAACAGCGCUGUGUGUGUCACACUCGAAUACACUUCUUUACACGAAAGAAAUUGUCUCCUUGGGCUUCGAUCAAUUUUGGAGAAGAUAUUGAAAGCGAGGUACAAACUAAGCGAAAGUGGUAUUUGCGUCACAGUUUGUAGAUUUUGCUAGUAUAUAUUCGUGACACUUCAAUCAUCAGAGGAGUUUGAUAUUCUCGAAAAGUUAAAAACACAAAGCUUAGUUUUCACUUGACGAUUAGGAAAUUGACAGCUCGAUCCAGAUCUUAACCAUCACCAUGCUAGGAAGAAUUUCACAGCGCGCAUUCUCCGUUUCGACCAGGCAUUCUGCCAACCUACUCGGGGUCGUUUCAUCGGAGGCGACAUCGACAGCGAGGACGGCCACGGGGCGCACGAUCGGCAGGUGCUUGAGGAAAUCAUUGCUGAGGAACUUUCCCGAGGAUGACCUGCUCAGCUGUUUCAACAACAUGGAUGUGCAAAAGAGGUUUCUUGGAAUGUCUGCGAUUAAAACAACACCAAUUGCUUCUCAGCUCAAAGUGUCAGAAGACGCCUACGAAGUCGAUCCGGAGCUCGUAACACGGUACGUUGUCCGGCCCGCGGAGGUCGACGAUUGCGGUGAUGUCCUAAGGCUGAUUCGAGGCCUCGCAGAAUGGGAGGGCACCAUUGACCAAGUCGAAAUCACGGAAGAAGAUCUGAAAAAGGAUGGCUUUGGAUCCAACCCUUGCUACCAGUGCGUCCUGCUCGAGGCCUUUGAAGAUGAUGAUGUCCACAGCAUCAUCGGCUAUGCCAUGUUCAGCGGGGGCUACUGCGCAUGGAAGGGGCGCACGAUCACAUGGGAAGAUCUGUUUAUUCAUCAUGAUUACAGAGGUAAAGGACUUGGUGCUGUAUUACUACAUGAAGUAUGUAAGAUGGGCUACCUGGACGGCUGCAAGUACAUCAGCGGCUACGUCGAUUUCGAAAACGACCGAGCCAAGCAGUGGUACGAGGAUGUCGGUUUCGAGAACCAGACCCAGAAACACGGCUACAACAUCAUGUCCAUGGCCGGCAACUCGCUGCAACAUUACGUCUUCAACCACAAACCCAUCGAGAAACUCGGAAAGAGAGGAGUCCACGUGUCAUCGCUUGUAACAAAUUGAAAGAAUGAUUUGCUUUAAUGUGAUAAUCUAUUUAAUGUUUUAUGACGUAAAGAGACAUGGAGUAUGGCAUUAUAAUAUGUAAGGCUUAGUCGAGCCGUGCACACGGAAAAUGAGCUGCAACAUGUGUCAACCGCACGCCAAUUCGCGGAAACGUUGUGCCAUAUCCACAAGCUAAUUCGCUGCAAAGUUGUGCCAACCUAUUAUAGGUGCCAUAACAGUGCACACGAUUCGCUGCAUCGUUGUACCGAGCGCACGGUAAUUCGCAGCAAUAUUAUGCCAACCACACGCGUAUUCGCUACAACAGUGUGCUAAACACAUGCUAAUUCGCUGCAACAAUGUGCCAACUGCACACAAAUCCGCUACAACAUUGUGUCCACCACACAAAAGAUGCCUACAAGUACUAGUUUACUUAUUUACUUAUUUGCCACUCAUGAAGUAAAAUUAUCAUUUUCAUGGAAUAUAUUUGUGUGAACUAAACACAAACUUACAGCGUGCAAUAUGAAUAUAUUUUCAUGAUUGACUAGUAUACUGGCACUAUAUAGAUAUUUCAAGAUUUGUGUGCUAAAAGAUCUUAUUUUCUUUGAAACUUAAUUGAAUGAGGUGCUUAUAUGCAGUUCUAGUUUAUGACGUAAUGUUCUAAGAGUGUAUUGUAUUCUACUAAUAUCAUUGAUGAUAUUUCUCUUUGCCAACGAUCAUGUGUAUUCACAUUAUUCAUAAUUGUAAUGUAUUUAUUAUUUUAGAAGAAGAAGAAGAUUGAAGAUGAUUAAGAUGAUGACGAUGACGAGAAAGAAGAU